CUCUUAUUAAAAGACUCCACUGAAAUAAAGAGCGUUUGAACGAACAUUAAUUAGGAAUACUGUUGGCAAAAACUUCGAGGUAAGUGAGCCCAUUUAUUCUAUUGUAUAUCGCGGGUGAAUUGGUUGGUUUGGAAGAAAUAUCUCGUUUGUAUUGUGAAAGGUUUGCUAUGCACCAUUAUUAGUGCGCGCGUUGAAAACUGCAAAAUCGGAGGAAAAUGUAACAUAGUUAAACGUAACACAAUGUGGGGGCUCUUAAUCCUUAGUAUGCCUGAAUUCGCGAGCGCAUCGGCCAGUGGGUAAAUGAAGAAUCCAAAGUUUUGCAGUUGAACUGUUUUACUUUUGUUAUACAAAGCAUUCCUCCUUCGUUUCUUGAUCUGUGUGUUGGCGGUUUCAUAGCUUUGACAAAACUUCGACGCAUCUUAAAAUGAUUACAACAAUUUUUUUUUCUUUUCUUGUCCAAUGCGUUAACUUAAAGAUAUCAGCGUUUUAGGCAUCGAAAAUGUUUUAGGCAUAGAACAUGCCUCAUCAUAAUCAACUGAAUGGAUGUAUUUUCAACAAAGACAUCGAUUGUAAAUUUUGUUUGACCGCGAAGGGUUUUUUUUUUGCUAGACGUAUUAAAAAAAAUUCAUUUCCUCACGGUUGGGAAGACUUUGUCUUACCAUUGCCUUAUCUUCAAUUCAAUUUAUUAAGGAUUGUAAGCACAGCUCACAAAAGAUCGUACCGACCGCGCCGCGAGGUAAAUUAACUACAAUAACUCUUAUUUUCAAAACCUAUGUCGUUUGUCGCUAAGGCGCCGACGUCAGUAGGAAACUUAAUGCCUCGGGGUGAAAUGAUAUGUAUCUGAUAUUUGAAAUAAUUGAAUUCAAGAGGAAGUGUGUGUCAGUCAAGUCACAACCUUCGAUUAUUCUAGAAAAGAAUUGUGAACUUUAAGGAGACCUCGAAUAACCUCGCGAAUUUAUCUCUGAACAAACAUUUUACCUUUGUUUACGAUAAACAUACGAUCAUUCCAGUAACAUUUUAUGAAAACAGCAGAAAGAUGAUGAAUUCAACGAUUUCCAUGAGUUUAUUUUUGUAACAAUCUCGAGAAGAUAAUCAGGGAAAAAAAGUUAAUAUUACGAAAACAAAACGAUGUAAAAUGAAGGAAUCGAGGUGGCUGGGUAAAAUUUAAAAAAGAUAUCUUAAUAUUAGGACAAUUUAUAAUCAAAUGUUCAGAUUAUGAAAUGAGCUGUGAACGUUAAUCAGGCUAAAGUAAUGAGAACUCAAAAAGUAUUAAUCCAAUUUUAUUACGUGCGUUUCUUCCCGUAAAUUCCCAGAAAGUUAUCCUCCAAUUGCUGAUAUAUUUUAAAGAUGAAUUGGAAUUUAUUUCAUAUUUCGCAUAAUAUCAACACCGAAAUUUAAAUACUGACUCAAGUUCUUUGAGGAACACAUUGAAAAAAAAAUGAAUUACGGGGUUUUGGCCUGACUGAAAAAGGUUUUGAAAAAUCUAAUUAUUUCACGAGUUGCUUUUUUUGAAUUUAGGGUAAAAAGAUAAAAGAAAAUUAAAAACGACUGAAUCAACUUAAAGAAAAAGAGGCUUUGGCUCCAUGGUUGUAUUAGGAUCAAUUGAUGCUAUUUCCUAAUUUUAAUAACAAGCCUGAACUAAGUGACCUGAAAUAGAUAUCGUUAAAGAUGAUAUUUAGAACUGAUAAAUUACUCGAUUAAGAAUGAUCUAGAAACCAUAAUAACAACAAAUUCCAAUUUAUUUCAUCGGAAACGUUUUUCAUGAAGACAAAUGAUACUUUGCUAGUUGCUGAAAGUGUCGGUAGAACUGUUGUAUAGACGUCAUUGAAUAUUUAAAAUCAGGAAACGUGCCUUGAAUUUAAAUCAUUUUUUGACAAUGGAUUUUCAUCUUUGAGACAGCCAUUUCUUCAAGGAAAAUUUAAUGAAAAAGACAGCCUUUGACGAAUCAAGCGCCGAAUCUAAAGUGAACUAGAGUUUAAAUGGAUUUGUUUAGAUUUGGUGAGAUCUGAAUUUCAAAAGGUAAUCAGAAAUGAAAAAACCGAUAUUGAAUAUAGAGAAGUUUUUGCUAAAGCUGGUUGUUGAAGCCGUUUUGCGACUUCAAGUCUUACGAGUUCGCAUGUUGCACUAUAGAUUAAGUAUAAUCUAAAUUAAACUUACUAAAUUUUUUUCUAAAGUACUACGAUUUGAAGAGAACUAUUCAGAAUGAGAAGAAGGCCCCCAUGCCUGAAGUUUAGCACAUUAAACUCCGGAGAAAGGCCUGGGUUCCAAUUUUGAACCUGACAAAAAUUCUGGGAAAUAAUCUUUGAUGUGAAAUUUGGAAUAGCUCGGUACUCAUAAAUUUUUCAAAGGCUAACCAAAUUGCACGAGGUUGUAGGGCGUGUCCAAUUUACACUUAAUUUUAACUUUCUGCACUGCAUGAGAUAAAUUGACGUAUUCUUAGUUAAUGAGCAUGCUGAAAUUUUUGCAUGAUUAUUAGUAAAAAAAUGGCUGUCUCGUUAAGUUCAAGUGUAAUCAAAGUUCAAGCGUAAUCAAGUACAGGUAUCCUGUUGGUUUACUACUCAGUUUCGAACUUGAUCAAAAAGUUAAUACGCUUUUAGAACACCUUGAAUUUCUGGCUUGUGAGGUUGUUGGUAACUUCUGUAAGACAACGUGAUUAUUACCGCCUGAAAGCACACAAUGCCCCCACGUUUGACCACUGUGUUGCACUAGUCACCAAAAAGAUAUUUUCUUUCAUAAUUAGCUAAAAUACGACACAAUUAGUCCCGAAAUGUGUCCCUUAGAUGAAUUUAGGUGAAGACUAGUCAAGCAAUCGUGUUAAUUAGACAAAGAAACGCGUUAAUUCAACAGCGCGAAUGUUUUUUUUCUUCGUGUUUAUUGGUUUCGAUAAAAAUACGAACGUUGUUUGACGAAACUAGAGUUAACAGUUUAAUGCGUCGCAUACCAAAUUGAGCGGUUUGCACUUGUCAAAUAUUGAUCCAUACUUUUCCAAAUCUUCAUUUACAACCUGUUAUAAUGUCAUUAACAUUCUCAGUUCUUUUAUGAAUUUUUCUUUUAUGCCUAUUUUGGUAUUUGUUUGAGCUGGUGAUCUAACCAUCUAACAUCUUGUGGUCGAAGAGAAAUUCCUCUCGAAAAAAGGUAAAUUUUGUACGUAAAACUGCGACACUAUUUAAAGAUACCAUAGAUCUACUCUUUUCUUUGUAACGAUAACAUCAAAAACUCAGACAAAAAAUGAAUGUGAAUUUUAAUCGAAAUUUAUAAAGCCGUUUCCAAAAGAGAGCCUUUUAUUGCAGACAACGAUAGAAUUGUGUGUGUUUUUAUAACCAAAAACCCAUGGCUUAAGAAUAUAUUCCAAAUAUUUAUCCCUCAAACGAUUUGAAUAUAAAAUACUGCUCUAAAUUGUACAUUUUAACAAGUAUCCAGGCCAGAUAAAUUAAAUUUUUAGUCAACGUUUGACUGCGCCUGACGAUAAAACGAACUGAACCGCAGUAUAUUGUGGAUGUUUUUAAGCAACAGCUUUCUGCAUAUAAUUUGUUGACAUUUGACCACCUGAGUUUAUCCCCGCAGCAGGUGGCAAACCAUAUUACAAGCAAUUAAAAACCACAACAUAACUUUUGUUACACUGCAUUAAGUUGCAACUUCAUGUUCUGUGAGGCCAUUUGAACGGACUUCCAGCGAAAACUGUCAAUAUCAGCGGCACCAUUUCAAGUUUCUGAGAUCCCAGGGAAACUAGCCGCCAAAGCACUCAAACUAUGGUGAGAUGUAGUUUUAAGAUAUCCGCCUACAGGAUGUUUUUUACACUAUAUUUUCGUGUUUUCUUUUUCUGCCGUGCAGUGUAACAAAUGUUCUAAUCGACAGUCAUCAGCAUAGCAAAGAUACAGCAAAUCGUUUGUGUUCAAGCUUGACAGCGAACUAUUUUCUCACAAUAAUAUUUAGGAUUUCGAGCAUUUCGGAAGACAAAUUUAAUUGACCCAUUUUCCGAGUUAAUUAGUCAGAGGUUGUGCGGGUUUUUUCUUAAAGAUUAUUCAAUGAGUAAAAACCUGACAAUUUAAGGAAACUUUCUAGAAUAAUGCAGCUACUCGCAAACAAUUUCAACCAUCUAGCAUGAUUCCUGCUCUAUUGCCCAGUUAAUGCGUUUUGUGGAAUCAAUCCAGAUAAUUUGUUAAAGAUAACAUUGUUUUUUGAAAGGAAAUGUUUUGAAAAUGAAAUCUUUAGUUUAAAUCGAAUUAAGUAACAUGAAAUCAGUAUCCGCUUAGAUUUUAAAUUCGUCCAUGAGAGAUACGUUUAACAUGGGAAAAAAGGGUAACAAUCCUUUUUUGCUUUGUAAAACAAAUUAAAUUCAACUACUUAGAGGCACAAAACAUAAAAUUACAGCUUACAAGAGACUGUCGUGUUGUAGCAGUGAGCGAAGACCUCCUCCAAAUAGCCCAUAGAAUUAAGGCUAUGACAAAUUAUUAUAUUUCUACCCAACAGACGGAGUAUUUUCUGCGGUGUAUGAUCGCCAUUUUGCGCUUUGAACAAAAUCAACAAUUUUCACGACAAUUAAAAGCGCAGAGCCAAAUGCAAGAUGGAGUAAACAGUGUUGAAAAAAAGAGCCAGCGAUUCGUGCUUGGAUAUUACAUGGGUCUCCGAUGUAUACAAUUUCUUAAGAGAGAGAAUUCUUGAACUAUUUACCCAUAAAGUUCAGCCAUUCUCGCAGAGCGAAUUAUUCCCAAGAUUUUUGGAAACUUUAUAAGAAAUAAAACGGUUCUUCUUAUCUUAAGACGAGAACAAAUGCGCUUGUACAGCUCUGUUAAAAAUCAAGAAGAUCGAUUUCUUAAAGUGCAUUUGAUUUAUACAUGUGCUUUUUCAGUUAUGUUUUCAAUCGUGUUUUUCUCGUAAAUUGCUUUUAAAACGCUGCCUUUGAAAUGUUUUGGCAGGCCAAAACCACCUUAAUCCCCACUUAACUCCUUUUAACAGAAUAGUUUGUCGUACCACAAAGCUUGUUUUCUUUUCAAACUAACCGCACGGAGAUUUGCGUACAAAAUGCACGUGAAAUUCAGUUAUUGUGAAGGAUGGUUUUCUCGUCAUGUAAUUACCACUUAAGUGUAGGUUCAAUUUUAUGGGUACACAUUAUAUGCGGUGAUAGUUCUCUUCCUGUGUGCGAUAGUUUUGAAUUCAUAUGUUCUCAAAAUUUUCGUAAAUGUUGUGACGCUGCUAAACUUUCAUCUAAAUUCUUUCGAUGGAUUUUUCAUUCAUCCCAUUGGCCUUCUGUUAGCGCACUCUUUAAGGUCUUUCAAGGGCCUAUCUUUGGCCAGCUGGGUUUGUAUUCCAUGUUUGAUAUAAACUCCGCUUUUCUGUCUCUCCAGCUUCCUUCUUAUUAUGUUCAGGCCUAUUACGCUAAUGCCAGUCUUCAGGUGUCCUCUGUGGUGUUGCAUGACGGGAAAUCUUGAGAGAGGACAAAAUUAUGCUCAUUACAGGGAGGGGCAGGGGCGUUGACACUUUUACACUUUCCUGAUCCCAACCCAUGCUGAGAGUUUUCUUUUUAGUCUUAUCGCGUGCUUGACGGAUAACUCAAGCGGACAGCCUAAUAGAUCGCGUCCUUAGACUUAGGAUUGGAAGGCCUGGCUUCGAGUCUUCGGUAAGACACUUAUCUCUUGGCAUGCAUGCCUCUCUCUCUCCUCUCAGGAGUAUAAAUGAGUUCUCGAUGAAUUGCCAAGGAAACCUGAUGAUAUAUUGAGUGGGAAAGGACUAUCGUCCCAUCUUGUUGGGUACAGCAACACCACUUGUCGCUUAAACUGAGAUUUGUUGCGCCAUUGCAAGUGUGGGCGAACUGGUUCGAGCAUAGAAUAGAAUAUUACCUCUCUUAUCUUUGUCCUCGGUUCUCUCAAUGCGGACACCAAUUUCACGUGAUUAUUUCCCAUCACUUUGUUAUAUUUUUCAUUAUUCUAUUUCAUUCAUGUUUUUUCUCUCUCACACGACGAUGUGAAGCUGAUAAAAAGUUCUUUUCUGUCCCGGUUGAGAACACAUUCUUUUACUGUUGUGGUCGGUGAUAACCCACUUGAAGAAGAAUUGUUUCAACCAUGAUGUCAAGAUGGAAACAGGUGUCUUCUCUUGUUCGCUCUAAAGCACUGGCCCCAUCUGUGGUGAGUAUUUUAAAACUUCUUCCAGAACUCAUUAUGCUCUCAAACAUUCAAACACACCAUCAUGCCUUAACGUUCACACCAUCAUACCUUAACGUUUAAAGGUCUUCAUAUUGCAUGGUAAAUCGUUUCUUCAUUAAGAGAUCUAUUGAAAAAUGAACUAUUUUCGCAAUUUUGUUGCCACCGCUUGUAUCAAGACAUGUUAAACCCACAAGACGUUGUUAAAAAUUAUAUCUCUUUCGCCAUUGUUCACCAUGACCUUGGAAAAUAAUGUUUCUUAUUUUCUUCUAUCAGUGUCAAAUUCUGUUGGAAAUCAAAUAACUGAAACUGCUGUUUCCUUUUGUUUUUAUCAAUAGUAUUUCGUGUUUUUUUUCUCCGUCACCCGAGGCGUUUAUAAAUACUUUCGAAGUAUUAUGUAGAGUUGCCUAGUUUUGUUUUGUCCUCUUUCUUUCACACCGUGCCAUGUUCAUGGACUUCGGACUUUGGACCCUUUGUCUCAAUAAAUUAUCUGAGAUAAAUAGAAUUCGAAAACUAGUUUUUACUUUUCUAUCGCUCAUCAUUUUUAUCCGGAAGAUUAGAUUCCUCUUUUCUCUCAGACAAACAUUUCACAGGUUUUAUCAUUUUCAAUUCAUUUGUCAAAUUGAGUGCAAAGUCCGGGGUAGUAUUUCAGGAUUUCUAUUUUAUUGCUGCCAAGAUAAAAGCAAGCAUUUAACACUAGAAACGCUAUUUUUUCACUCUGGCUUCUAUUCCUUCUGCUAUUUCAUUUAUCGCAAGUAAAAACGCUUCACAACCCUUUUUUUUUAGUUUUCCUUAAGGAAAUAUAAACGUGGCAUUUAAAAGCUCAAUAAGAACAAAUGCCUUUGAGCGCCUUCAUGGCGCAAACAAAUCACAAGUAUAAAACACCUUGCUGGGCCAUUUUGAGAAAAUAUCGUUUCUUUUUAAAUGAAAACAAAUCCUCGACAUUUAUUUUACGCUCGAGCUCUAUGCACUUCACAGUUGUCACCCAUAUUGAGACGUGAAAAAUAAUUGAGAAAGAGGUUUAAAGCUAUUUAAAUUUUCUCAAUUAAAAUACGCUGUAACCAUAGAGGAACACAUUUUAGCUAUUAUCGAACACGAUGAUGAUAUGAGAAAAGAAAACUCAUUUUGUAAAGUGUCCUUAAGUUCUCGAGACGUGUUAAUGUUAUCUCGAGAUGGUUUUCCCGAUAGUAAAAUGUCAUAAAUAUUUUAGGUGAAAAAUCAAUCUUCUAUGAUGGCAAGUGUAAAUGAACCAGCUAUUAUUUUGCUAGGAAGCGAGGCCCGGAAAUAAUUUCCAUAUUGAAUAGACUUUUUCAAUGAAAGCGUUCAUACAUGCGUCGAAUUAUCGAUCAUUUAAAAAAAAUUAGGUCUGGAAGACAUCGAAAAUUCAUUCUGAAUCUAAUUCAUUUUGAAGUAGGGAGCCGUUUUCGGCGUUUUGCGGCAAAAAUACUGCAAGUUUUGUUGAAUUUUUAUACGAAUAUUUAUAUUUCAAGUUGCACUUUUCGUGUUUGCAUUUGGCCAUCAAAUGAGGAACUCUUGAGGAGGAGACCAUUUGCAGUAGUGUUGUACAAUAACGGACUAAUGUAAAGCUCUUUGGAAAAAUACUCACUUGUCGAAAAAGUAUGAUACCCAUGGUGAGACGCUUUCUUCCACAAGGAGCUGAUUUCUGUAAAAUAAAGAGAAAUGACAAAACUGUCGUUUUAAACAGAAUUCUAAUGUUAUGCUUAAAAGAUUUACCAAUUUAUUUGUUUUUAGCAGCCUUCGAGUUACACGUUCACCCCAAACAAAGAGGAAGUCAUUGAUUCAAGGUGAGUAACUUUGUCAUUUGCUUUUUCCUUUGAUUCAGUUAAAAGAUCUUUUCGAUUUGCAAUUUUACUCUAUAAACUUUGUCUUUUUAUUUCACCUAUCCCAGAGAGAAAUCGAGAUCGGCAGGGGAAAACUUCGACAAAAUAAACGCUAUUUCAAAUGCAAAUUGUUCAUUUGCAAUGCGUAACAGGAUAUAUUACUUCGUACCCUAAACCUGAAAGGACUGCAAUGGUGUCAUUUCUCUGUGUUUGUGCCAAUGAAUUCUCUCCCGCCGUGAUGUGGAGAAGAAAAUGCAUGAAAGAAGUAGGGCUAAAUAAUUGUCCCUUCAUCGAGUCAAAAAUUAAAAUGACAUGUAAAGAUGUUUACAACAGUGAAACAGAUUAUUUUCACUUUCAAGAUUUAUUUACGAAACAUUUCUUAUCAUGAGAAGUGAAGUCUGGCUUUAGUUCAAUACCAAUUUUUUCGAUGAUUAUAAAUAUUGCCACUCGAUGUCUAACAAGCGUAUUUAUCGGAAGCAAAGAAGACAAAAGGCUUUUUUCAUGCUUAGAUCUUCAAGCCACGUGAAGUUACAUUAAUUAAUAAGUGCUAGGUUUUCAACGGCUGAAAAAACACGGCAACCUGAGUAGCAAAAGGAAAGCAAUUAAGAAGAUAUUCUAUCAUUUUGUUCACGAAAUAAAACAAAAUUGCUCAUGGAAAAUUGCGACGGAUAUAAUUGUUUGCGAAAAUUUCUGUAAUUAUCCAGAAGAAGAUCAUGUAAUAUCAUUGGUAGUGUCGUACCCAAGCCUUUCACGGCCAAGGGGCAAAUACAGUUACACGGUAGGCUCUGGGUACGGGAUUAUAUCAGUGGUCAACUGAUAGGCAUAAUGGAACUGAUAUGCCUUAAUUUUGAAUAAUUUCUCCCGUAUACUAAGAUACAAAUCAUUCAUUCAUUUAUUAUUUCAUUCAUUCAUCAUUCCUUCAUUCAUUCGUUAAUUAAUUCUUUCAUUAAUUCAUUAAUUAACUAAUAAAUUAAUAAUUCGUUAAUUUAUUCAUUCCUUAAUUAAUUCAUUCACUAAUCCAUCCAUUCAUUCCUUCAUUCAUUGAUUAAUUCAUUCAUCGAUUCAUUUCUUUAUUCGUUCAUCCAUCCAUCCUUUCAUCCACCACUCACACAUUCAUUCAAAUCAAACCAAUCGCAGUUCGUUAUUUUCCCGCCAGAUUCAGGCUCCGUUACAGCACCACAUGUAACAGUUACUAUAGGGACUGGUCUGAUGCCAUAGACCCAUCCGCACAGGGGGUCAUCUCGGGAUGGGACAAAGUGUUGUAUUCAGUGGACUCCGUUCGCCGAACAGUCAAUGAAGAAAUUGGACAGGUCAUUUGGCUCUACUGAGUCUUUUUUUUAAUUAUUUUCUCAGUUGAUUUGAAGAUAUAGGAUGGUUCAAGUAGAGAAGCUGAGGUUUUUCAAAGGGGAAGGGGGGUCAAAGUGUUUCACAUAAUGAUAAACUAAAGGAAUAUCGAAAAGCCAAAUUAUUUCGGUAUUUUUGAACGCCAAGGCUAAAAUAUUCCCUCCUCCAUCGCUUUAGGUGUAUUUGGAGAGAAUACCUGGGUCCAAUACAGGUUACAUCAAUUGGCGAAUCAACUUCGGCUGCUGCGGACUCCAGGUGGAUGAGGUCACCUUGCGCUUGUUAUGCUUAGAAGACUAUGGGGGGGAGAUUGUUGUUACACUAACUGGUCAUCCGGGAGAAAAACGAGUUCGAUAUCCUAUAGGUAAGUGAUUAGUUAUACAUGGGCCGCGAAUGGAGACUGGAACUUAGUCACGUGCUUUUCGGAUAGACUUCCGAUAAUAAUUGGGUAAUUUAACAAUUAAGGUGGAUUUCAAACAUUGUUUUGGACAAAGGUGUGCGAAAAGACUCUGUGGAACCAGUCAUCUAAUAUAAAUUCACGUUUUUUAGAAGUUUUUAAACUGUAGUACACGAAUAGCAUCUAGCCGUCACUCAUCGUAAUAAGAUGGAAACUUAUAACCUUAUUUUUAAGGGGGGGGGGCACUCCAUUAUUUGGACCCGGCCGGGUAUGUGCCUCCGUACAGAGUGUGGUACUUGUGGUCUUGGGUCUUAAUGAAAGGAAUUUCUUGAACAGGACGUCUUUUUGCUGAAAGUCUUAAGCAGUGUGAAUACAGCUGCGCUUAUGAAAACGUUGAAGCAAUUAAGAGGCAGUCUAACAAGUGCUUUUAGGUUUUCAGAACCAAGUUGUCCCUCAGGAGUUAAAAACAACCUCACAAACCAUUAAUUCGCAGGAUUUUAACAGCGCAUGACGUUUCAGGUGAAACUCCAUCUAACACACACACUCAAACAACUUCACGAUAAUCAUGAUAAUCAUCGUAACAAUGACGUCUUUUUUUAUUUUUACGUUUGUUACUCACAUUCAAGUGUCAUUUCAGGUAGUGAUUAUGUCACAUUUACCGAGCUACAGAAUUCAACGGAGUUGACACUGACCAUUCAUUUCGUCGGGGAGCCAGGCCAGGUCACUCGGCUAUUUCCACAGAGUAUCUUGAGGGGCAUGGGAUACCCACUGGACUUAAAAGUUAUUCUAAAGGUGUGUAUUGGCCUGGUCUCUCAGUUAAAUGAACUGGCUAAGCCACUCAGCCGUAGUGAUAGGCCUGGUUACUAAGGCAAUCCCAGAGAAUCUUGCUCUAAGGACGUAAGACCACAACCACGAGUAAUCACAUUAGCCAAUGAGCACGGAAGAUAAUCUCAACGCGAGCCAAAAAAGGACACCCAGACUGCUAAAAGCGCGGGAAAACGCGAGUGGGCACCUAAAGCGUGAGAAAAUGCGCGUGACCAAGUCGAAAAUGGUUUUAGUUUUGUAUUUAAUUGGUCGAAAAGACGUUUAGACCUUAGGAUUUGGAAGGUUUACGAUACAUUUUAUUGUUUCUUCUCUUUAGCAACCAAUGGAGUCCUUGGGGAAACCCAGAAUUCUUAUCGGGCUUUUAUACAGCAGCUCGCAAGAGAUCGAGGUCGAUUCACGACAUUACAAACAGAAUACAACCAACACUGGUCAGGGAUUUCUCCAUGUUCAUCUCCUCCGAGGAAUGGAUUUGCCAGCAGGGAAGAAGAGCCCUCAAGAAACAUUCUCGAAAUGGUAAGAUAUUUUUAAUCCUUUAACAGUUAAGAAUGACCAGCUUCUAAUUUCUCCUUAAACUACCCCCCUUAGAUCAAAUGUAAAGGUCAUGAGAAUAAAGGAAAUGAUCAUAAAUUUAGAGAGCUCCUGAUUUUUAAGGAAAUUCUCCAUGUGAGCACCAGAUAAUGUUAAAGUGUUGAGGUUUAAGGCCUCUAUUCAUGACCCCGGGUAGUUUCCUAACCCGGCUGAAUCGCGAGAACAUUACCACAAGGGUUAACGAAGGGGGGAGGGGAUUGUGGAAAAUUGACUGCCAGUGAGGAGAGGGGGUCGUAAGAAUAUUACAAAGCCUUAUGGAGAUCAGGUAAAUUAUAUCGUGACAAAAACAAAAUCCUCCGCCCCGCCCCGGCCCCCCCCCCCCACCUUCCUUGCGAUAGAAAAUGAACGUUCCCUUUAUUUUGUGCUUGUAUUGGUUUCCACAGUUACCUUCUGCGCGAUGCUAAGAAAUCAACCAAGUGCAGAACAAAAACACGAAAAGGCAAAGAUCCUCUUUGGAACGAACAGUUCUUAAUCGUUGGCGUCAAUUAUCAUGACAUAAAGCGAAGAGCGCUCGAAGUAUGCAUCGCCGACGGUCAUUUUUCCAGCGGAAAAAAGGAAAAGCUUUUCGGGGGUGUUCGGCUCAGUCUCGGUUACAAGGCAGUCGUGGCUGCGCAAACCAAGCAAGUUAAUCAGGUGCUGCGGUUUCUAAAAGGAAAGGAAGCGAUGAGUGGUGAUGUGAACUCGAACUUUGGUAAAUGGAAGAGAGCAAGUGGUAGGAAACUUGUGGCGGAUGACACAGGACAGGCAACAGAAGAGGAGAGAAAUGAAGGCACAGAAACGAUAGAUACGCCAGGAAAUGCAAACAAAGUGGAUGAAAAAAGUGUUGUCACUGACAUGGCAAAUGGUAAAGAUGAAAGUGAAGAGACAAAGCAGGAAAUUGACGAGAAUGGACCGCAAAGUGCAUCGUCUGCCAGUACAGAAGUAAUGGCGACGGACCCUGUCCCAGAUCCCUCUCAGGAUGAGGCCAAGGCGAAUAACACCAGAAACCGCUUGGCUGAGCAACGCCUUUUCGAAGCAGUGAUGGCAUCUAUCAAGCACCUAGAACUCGCCGCACGUCAGACUGUAACGCAGUCAGAGUCCAGCGAAGAACAAGACAAAGGACUUGAAGAAAAACUUGAAAAGCAAGAAUCUCCCGAGAUUUCCACUCAGAGCAUCAACAACGGCGCUGAUGAAGGAAAUAAUGAUUCGCAAGAAGCAGACACUAGUGAUCCAACCCCUAACGCAGUAGAAACAGCAGACGAGAGUACAAGAAAUGAAAGUUGGAGAAGGAAUUCAUUGGAUACAACUAAAAAUUCCAAAAGCAAGAAUGUCCAAGAGAAGAACAUUUUGAACGAAGAUCAAACUCAACGAUGCAGCGACCAAGCUGAAGACUUGCUAAAUGUGAUCAAAAAUCAUAUAGCCGAUAGAGAAAAUCUGCCAACAAAUGAACCCGAAAAUUCCCGAACGGAACCCGAUCAAAUAUCGAAUGGACACAAAGACAAUGAAGAUCAAUGUACAGAUGAGAGAAGCGCUACGAAAGAAGAAAGUUUUCCUAAAAAAGGGUUGAAUCCUACUGAUACUAAAACAGAUAACUCGGUAGAAAUUCCUAAAGAAGAGCCCAAACAUUACUCUAAGCAUCCCACUCAGGAAAUAAAAACGGAAAAUCCUGAAAGCGAAAACAGUCUACCACAGAAGUCGACGAUUUUGAAGAAAUCGUCUGCAGGAGGACCAAACGACAUGAAGCGGAGCUCAUCCUUCACCUUGAAAGAUAUCGGAAAGAGACUAAGCUUUAGGCGCAGCAGCAAAUCAGAAGUCAGCGGAGAUAGCAGAUUGGAGACGGGCUUACAAACAAAUGCAGACAAGAUGAUGCUAGAUGCUCAAGGACUCGAAAUAACCCAAUGGACGCUUGUCGUGUCUCGGCCGAAGGAGUGGCACUACUGUUGGCACAUCCUCAGAUCUGAAAUGAUCAUUCUACACUAGACAUUAAUCUCGUCAAUCUUUAAGGAGCCUUGAAUAGUCAGAGGGCUGGUCAGCUAUGUUCUAACCGCUGAUUAGAAGGCACUUAGAGACAGGAGGGCUCAAGUCUAGGCUUGCCUCGGUCAACACUAGCCGUGGAGGUCUGGGUCGAGCAUUGAUAUAAAGUGCAAAGAAAGGCACAGACUUAAUAAUUAAAUAAGGGCUUUGAAAUCAUAAAGGUGAAGUUGAGUGUAGAUGUUGACUUAACAAUUGCAAUCUAAUUCGUGUUCGACAUCGAGUAGGUUUAGCUCAUACAUCCCCAACAGGUAAUCUGCUGAACUGUCAACUAUAAAAGCAUCCAUAAACGUUAAAAUCGAGAGAUAUGACCUGAUCUUUUUGUUAAGGAUCUUAGUCAUUCUUAUUUAUGAUAAUAACUUUGUUAAUAGCAUUAUUAACGAAAGUAUAUUAAUGAUGAUAUUAGAGAUAUAAUAGCAGUUAUAAUGAUAAUAAGUGAAAAAUGAUGUAAACUAAAUCAUGACCACCAGUAGGUUAGUUUCCUACGUUUUCUCACCUUUUAGUGUUAGGUAUAUCAGCUUUUAGAUUCCAUAAAUGAUAUCUUCCAUAAAUCUGCUACAAAAAUCUAACAACUGAUAUUAGAUGCGCAUGCAUGACAAACCUCUGUUUUUCACUUUCUAAUAACUUAGUGAGUAGUCGUAAGAGUUUUACUGUUUAUUAUGAAAUUAUAUUAAAUGUUAAGGAAUUUUUAACCGC